ACUGCACUACCGAACAAUUAUCCUCGUUUGCCUUGCUAUUACGUACUUCUUGGCCAGAAGUCGAGAGAAAAAGGCGCUGAUAAUACAGUCUCUGCUGCAGAAUAACACAGCUUAAUUAAUUCACGCUAGAGACAUGGGAUCGUACACUAGAGUCUCGGAAACCCGUGAAGUCCGGACAACCGGACCCAAUGCGGCCGGUCUACAUGGUUCCGGACAUGGAUCCGGCCAGCAUCGACCGAAGUGGCUGUGGGGAUGGGUCGGUGUCUAUGUUUUAUUAGGCAUUCUGGCGCUGGUCUUCAUUGGCCUGUGGAUCAGUGCCGAUAACGGUGUACAAUGGGAAAACCCGGCUGAGCCCCGACUGAUGUUCAACUAUCAUCCGCUGUUCAUGAUUCUGGGGUUUCUCUUCAUUUCUGGCAUGACUAAUCUAAUCUACCGCAUGUUUCCGGAUGGCAAUGUGACCGCUCUGAAAAUAACUCAUUCCCUUCUCCAGUUGACCGCCUUCAUUCUGAUGUGCUGCGGCGUGUAUGCAGUCGGAUGGUCGAAAGAUUAUGGACACACCCCCCAUGUGCCCCGACAUUUCACAUCCGUUCACAGCUGGUGCGGUUUGACUGUCCUGAUCAUUAUGGCACUGCAGUGGGUCUGUGGAUUUUUCGGGCUGCUUGUGCCUGGAUGCCGCGGUGAACGUCGCCAUCAGUACCGCACUACCCACAUUUUUACCGGCAACUUGAUCUUCCUGCUGGGAAGCGCGACUGUCUUGAUCGGCAUUGACUCACUCUCCAAAGCCGACAGCACACUGAACACCUUAGCAUUAACCGUGAUUGCUUACGCCAUUCUGGGAGCGUGGUUUCUGUCCACGGGAGCCUUCAAACCAGGCCGUCCUGAACAUGUAGAUGCCACUACGGAAGAGCGAGCACCACUGACCUCCACUGAUCGCGCAUCUGCUGGAUAUCUGCCAGGCGACAAGCGCCGCAUUGAUUUUCCACUUUGCUGUAUAAUGGCUCGCUCGCGGUUUUCCCAUGAAGAAGUGGUCAGGGAACGGGUGGAUGUCCGUGUCAAUGAUGAGGGACAUGGCACACGUGGACCCGACAGCAGCUUCUAUAAACGUCUGGUCUGGUGGUGCGCCACAUACAUUUUCUUGGCCCUGUUGGCGCUGAUUCUCAUUGUGGCCUGGUGUAUCCGCUCCAACAUGGGAUAUGCAUGGAAGGACUUCGCCCAUAUGACCGGCUCCAUCAACUACCAUGGAACAUUCAUGAUUGUCGCCUUUGUUACGCUGAACGGCAUUGCCGAUGUGCUGUAUCGAAUGUGCCGCAAUAGCAACAGGUUGUCGGUGAAGAUUGCCCACGCUACCAUCCAGACAUUCGGUUUCUGCUUCAUUGUCACCGCUCUGUGUGCUGUCUUCUGGUGGCACGACGCCAGGAAUCGCCCGAAUCUCCAGUCCACUCACAGCUGGAUUGGUUUGCUGAUCGUCCUGCUGUAUGCGUUGCAGUGGGUUGUCGGCUUCUUCGGCCUUCUCUUCCCCGGCUUCCGCGCUCCUCUGCGUGCAAGUUACUUGCCUUAUCACAAAUUUACCGGUCGCAGCAUCUUCUUGUUGGCGAUGGCCAAUACUUUAAUUGGUCUGAACAAGGUCAGCGCCGGGUCGAGUUUGAUUAACUGUUUAGCACUGAUCAUCAUCCUGUACACCAUUAAUGGCGGCUACCUGUUGGGACGAGACGAUUACGAUAUCAACUACGGAGCGCCACCGGGCUACAAUGAGGACGAAGUGCGACGCUCAUCCGGCGGAAGCCGACACAGUGGCGGACAUGUCGUGACCAGCCCGGACGAAGCUAGCAAUAUGUACAUCAAUAUUGCAGGAACGCAAGGCACCGGUCACUAUCAGGCCAUGGCAGAGGAUCCAGCCAUUAAAGAAGCUAUGGCUGUAGGCCGGGACACCUUCAGCAAAUUCCAUGAUCGUUUGGAGCGCAAGAAAAAUCUUGAUUUGGAUGAAGUUGUACACACCAAAACAGUGGUUACAGAGUAGAAAUUUGUUUGAGAGUUCAACCAUGGGUUUGUUAACAGUUUUUCGGGUAGCAUGGUUGCUUUUGCAUUUGGAAUAAUGGGUCAGUUUAUCAGGUUUACUUAAUAAAACGCCUGCUUUAGUAAAACAUUGAAACCCCUUCAAUUUUUGAUGAAUUGUGGUGUUGGUAGAUUGUGUUUCGAUGGCAUUUGAGUUGUGGAAGAUGUAACUCAUACAACAAAUUAUAAGCACUGCAGAUC